AGUGACAGUACGUGACCGAUUUGUCAUCGAGCGUUCGAAGUAGUUUUUGAGCUUGAAUUGAUAGUUUGUUUAAAAACUUUUGCGAGUUUCAGUACAAUGUCAUUUCUAAAAUUCAUUAAAAGUGCCAUAACAGGAAGUGAAGAACCAAAGUUUGAAGUUGUUAACAAAUGUGACGAUUUUGAGAUUAGAUCUUACCCAGAAACACAGUGGUUAACACUGAAGUUGUCUGGUAAAUUACCUGAUGAGUUUGGACGAGAAGAUUUUCACCGGCUGUUUGGUUACAUUAAUGGGCAGAAUGAAUCUGGUAAUAUUCUCUUUUCUUACCACUUAGUUCUGCAGUUAAAAAUCCAGUACUCUAUCAGAACUUUUGGUGGAUUUGCCAAGGAUGCUGACUGGAAAAAAGAAUUUGAAUACUUGAAGUCUAAAUUGGAAAAUCCUGAAGAGGCAGAUUUAUCGAGUUUUUGUCGGGCUGGGUUUGAUCCACCAUUUAAACCUUUUGGAAGAAGAAAUGAAGUUUGGGUGUUUAAAACCCAAACUGUAGUACCUGAUGUGGCCGAGUAAAAACAGUGGUGAAGAGAAAGGUGGUGGUUUGCACAUCCUGGAACUCGUUGAUUAAAUGUCACUAAAUUCUUAAUUUUAAAUCUUGUAGGAUAGUGUUAACAAAACUGUCUUUACUUGCUGGCUGUUAAACAGGUGGAAUGUUCUGAAUUUCACUCUAUUUUUUGAAGAAUAAAUUGUUUUUUUGUUAGUUGGACAACAGAAACAAGAACUUAACACUGUUAUAUGUGAUUAGUAAUUAAAUAUAAUCUGAUAUUAAGUUGUUUUUUAAUUAUUUCUUAAUUAAAGUGAUAAAAAGAAAUUAUGUACUGAUGUAAAAAAUAAAAUUUUAUGACUUGUAAAAGGAACAGAAGAUAGAUGGAUAUUAAUGUAAGGUUAAUAUGUAUACUUUCAUCACAAAAUUAACAAUGACAGUGUACAGAAUACCUAGUUAAAUCAUUUCCGGAUGGAUAUACAGAAUCUAGCAUGGAUCAUUGUUAUCUUGUAUAUUGUUGUGAUUCUUUAUGGAAUUGUAGUUAUGAAUAUGCAGAAGUUUUAACUUGAAGAUGUGAACAAAUUUUAGAUUUACUUUUGGUUCCUUAAUUUCAAAUAUACAGGUUUCAGAUACAUUUUAAUGUCAGUCUGUCGUGUAAAUUGAUAUGCUCUCUCCAAAGAACUUAAAAAUACUCUGAGCCUUUAAGAAGUUUGUUUUUCUAGCAUUUCUAACUGGAACAAAAUUUUUCUGAUUCUUAACUCAUGUAAAGCUCAAAAACUAGUAUUGUUUUAAACCAUUUAAAGUAUGGCUGUGUGUGUGUUUAAAAUUAGAUAUUAACUUGUCAGUGUGAUUUUCUGGAAAAAAUUAGAUUGUAUAAUGAUAGUAUUGGUCAUAAAGUGUAAAUAUUUCUGUCAUGUUAGUGUUGUAACAAUCUUUCGUUGGAUGUUUCUUUUUAAAAUUACUUGGUGAAAAUAAUUUUAAAUUCAAUCCACGUAACCCUAAAAAUUUUGUUUUCUUUAACAUAUAUACAUUUCACUUGUACUGUAGUAAGAUGUAGGCCUAAGUUUACAAAUGAUGCACUUAACAUAUAUACAUUUCACUUGUACACUGUAGUAAGAUGUAGGCCUGAGUUUACAAAUGAUGCACUUAACAUAUAUACAUUUCACUUGUACUGUAGUAAGAUGUAGGCCUAAGUUUACAAAUGAUGCCUUUAAUAUAUAUACAUUCCACUUGUACACUGUAGUAAGAUGUAGGCCUAAGUUUACAAAUGAUGCACUAACAUAUAUACAUUCCACUUGUACACUGUAGUAAGAUGUAGGCCUAAGUUUACAAAUGAUGCCUUUAAUAUAUAUAAAUUUCACUUGUACACUGUAGUAAGAUAUAGGCCUAAGUUUACAAAUGAUGCUCAAACAAAUAUCUCACUAAUGGUUCUACAAUGAAUUUAAAAAUAAACUUGCUUGUACUCAGUAAUCGAAUCAUCUAAUAAAUACUUUGAAACUAAAUCUUUAUUAAAUGAUAAGCAAAACACUGACUCAGUGCUUCACUACUUUUUAUGUAUUUAUAACCUAUUCUUGUUUCUCAAUACUGCUCAAAUUUACAAAAUUCUUGACAUCAGUAUCUAGAACUCUCUAGGUAUUCUAAGCCUACGUUUACAAACUUAUUUGAUCUUCAUGUUAUACACCCUCUAUCUAAUAUCCCAAUUAAAGCAUUGAAAAUAUAGCUUACAACAAUACUAUUGGCUGUAGAGUGUAAAUAUUUCAUUCUUAAUGACAUAGACUGAGAUUUGUAUAUUUUUUAUGAUGUAAAGUGUUAAAGAAAUUGAUAAUUAACUGGACACGUACACCUCUGUGAAGAUAAGUCUGUGUAUUGAUUGUUAAUUAGAAACAAAUUUUAAGGUAAAACAAUGUACAUUAGAUGUCUUUAAUUGUAAGACCAGGUGUUUUAUUUUAAUGUGGGCAUGAUUUUUUGUCAUUAGUGAAUACAAGAUUUAUUAAGGUACUUGUAUUGAGACUGAUAAUGUGUUUUAUGUGUGUGUGUGUUAUGUUUGCUAAGAAGGUUAUGAUGAAAACGUCAACUUUGUACUGGCCAGGGAAAUUGUUCGUAGACGUGAGUACUGUACAAGUGUGUGUGUUAUGUGAAGGAUUGUAUUCCACUGUUACACAACAAUAGGUGCAGCAUUACAGAGAAAAUAUUCAACAUUACACAAAGUUACGUAACAAGAAGUGUAACUUUAUUAUACAAAGUUAUGUAACAACUGAUGUAGAAAUUAUACAAAGUUAUGUAGCAACAGAUGUAGAAAUUAUACAAAGUUAU